AUGGAUCCCAGUUUGGACACAGCCAGGCGUCUGUCAAGUUUUGCAGGCGGACGCAUCGUCGACAGCGCAUUUACCAUAGCCUUCAAUGAGAGGUACGACCCCAUCGUUGAAGCAAGCCAAGCGGGGACCAACACAGGAGUCAAGGAAGCAGGCAUUGAUGCCCGGUUCUCAGACAUCGGUGCCGCAAUCCAGGAGACCAUCGAGUCCUACGAAAUUGAGCUCAAUGGCAAGACUUGGCCGAUCAAGCCGGUGCGGAAUCUGAACGGGCACUCCAUUGGCCCCUACCAAAUCCAUGGGGGCAAGUCAGUGCCAAUUACCAAGAACCAGGAAUCUUCCAUCAUGGAAGAGGGUGAGUUCUAUGCAAUUGAGACUUUCGCAUCAAAUGGUAAGGCCUAUGUGGUGGAGGAUCUUGAGUGCUCUCAUUAUAUGAAGAUCUUUGAUGCGCAACAUGUGCCGUUGCGCGUCAAGAGCUCCAAGGCCCUGCUGCACGCCAUCGAGCAGAAUUUUGGAACCUUAGCGUUCUGCCGGCGCUGGCUAGAUGAUUUGGGACAGACUCGCCACUUGAUGGCUCUCAAGAAUCUUGUGGACAACGACAUCGUCCAGCCUUACCCGCCUCUUUGCGACGCCAAGGGCUCGUAUGUCACACAGAUGGAGCAUACAAUUCUGCUGCGGCCGACGUGCAAGGAGGUGAUCUCCCGAGGUGAUGACUUCUGA